AUGGGAGUUCUCUUCUUCAUCGCCACCAACCAGUGCUUCAACACGCUGUCAGCAGCAGAGCUGUUCAUCACAGAGAGGAAGCUGUUCGUUCAUGAGUACAUCAGUGGGUACUACCGUGUGUCAGUCUACUUCCUGUCUAAGAUCCUCUCUGACAUCAUUGCCCUGCGCACCAUCCCUUCUGUCAUCUUCAGCUGCAUCAUCUACUUCAUGAUUGGGCUGCAGAAAACCGCGGCAGCCUUCUUCAUCUUCACGUUCACGGUCGUCAUGGUAUCGUUCACGGCCACUGCCAUGACGAUGGCCAUAUCAGCCGACCAGAACGUGGUCGCCGUGGCGAACAUCUUCAUGACCAUCAUCUUCGUCUUUAUGAUGAUAUUCUCCGGGUUGCUGGUGAAGCUGACCAGCAUCAUGGACUGGCUGGCCUGGUUGAAAUACUUCAGUAUCCCUCGCUAUGGACUCACAGCACUGGAGAUCAAUGAGUUUGUGGGUUUGAGCUUCUGUAACCACCUCCCUGCCCUGAACACGACCGCGGUUCCCGGCGCUUCCAACUGCACCAUGAGCACGCCUGGGAUCAC